AGAGAGGAGGCGGGGAACUUGGGAAGUCUGUCGCGAAGCUAAGCGAGACUUGCAUACUCCUCCGUCGGCAAGAACACUAGUCCACAGUUUUAAGGAGGAUAGGACACAUUUCAGCAGCCUCCAAAGCUACCCCUGUUUUCUGCUUUCCUAGCGUGGAAACCCGAGCACGAUGGUGAUCAAAGUUUACAUCGCGUCGUCAUCUGGAUCAACCUCAAUCAAGAAACAGCAGCAGGAUGUCAUGGGGUUCCUGGCAGCCAAUAAGAUCAAUUUUGAGGAAUGUGACAUUGCAGCCAAUGAAGAGAACAGGAAAUGGAUGCGGGAAAAUGUACCAGUAGAUUCCCGACCUGCCACAGGGAACCCCCUCCCACCUCAGAUUUUCAAUGAAGAGAGAUACUGUGGGAACUAUGAGGCCUUCUUUGAUGCACGAGAAGAGAAUGCUGUGUAUGCUUUUCUAGGCUUGACUGCUCCCCCAGGUUCUAAGGAAGCAGAGGCUCUAGCGAAAAAAGAACAGAAGUAGUCCACCGCAUCAUCGAUUACUCGAUAACCCUACACCUUACCCUAUCUUACCCUAUCUCCUAGGCUGCAACUACACCCCACUGAUUCAUUUCUAACCUAUUCAGAUGCAACACGCUGUUAUGUGCAUUAAAUUCAUAUAAUUCACCAAUCUCCUCGUCAAAUUACGGUCUUACAGACUCUGCUGUUGAAUUAGUUACAUUCCAUCGUCCUUGUUGUGAGGUUGAAAAAGAGUUCUUCGUUGUGUACAUUCGUAUGAUGGUAUUCAUUUAUGAUGUGCCAUAAGCAAGUGACUGAUUAGUGCCUGCAUCAUUUUUAAUACAAAUCGCACUUAGAAUUCAUCACAAUGAUUACUGUAUAUUCAUGUUUGAGUAAAUUAAAAAAAAAAUUAUGCUAAAGGGCUACAAUAGGUAGUUAUCAUUUGUUCUAGUUUCUGUUAGCAUAAAGUCUAGUCCCUUGUGCUUUAGCUUUAAGCUUGCUAUAUUGUCUCAAAAGAUUCUUGUCAGUCAGUGUUUGAGCUUUUGAGGACAUUAAAGGUACAGUAAGUAUAACAAUAUAAAUAUUUAGUGAUUGUCUUUUUUUUUUUUUUUUUUUUUGUUUUUGUUUUUGUAUGAAAUUAGUAGUUUCUUGGUAGCUUCCCUAAAACCAGAAUUCAGUUUGGUUAUAAAAUCUCAGUAUGACAAUAUGUUUGUCUUUUAAGGGAAUAAUAGUAUGCACUAUUUGUUAAAUGUGAGGUCCCAAUAUACCGACUAUAAUUAUUGUAAUUAUAUUUAGAUCAGCAUAUGUAUUACUUAGUGUACCUUUAACUCAUUCUACAGUGUCUUAAUUGUGUACAUUUUUCUAUUUUGUGAACAAAUAGAAAAUAUGCCAAAAACAUUUGAAGAAUUGUAUUAUUGAAGUGGGGCAGGCCAAUAAAGCAUUGUUUUAAUUAAAA